AUGCGACCACAUCUUCUGCAAAUUUUUCAAGAUGGUAUUAUUUCUAAUUUUCCUAAAGAUAUCUCAGUUGUCAAUGAUAUUCCCGGAAAAAACUCUACGAAGAGGAAUAACAACAAUCAUGAGAACUUCAAAGCCACAUCUGCUCAAAAACGGUCUAAAUGUAAAAACACUACUUACUAUAAUCAAAGUAAUAAUAAUAAUCUAGGAAAAAUGUCUAAUUUAAAUGUACUUCAAUCAACUAAGGAAUCGUCGAGUCAUUUAGAUUCUCCACAUAAUCAAGUAAUUCGUGAAAAUUAUAACGUUGAUCAGUCCAAAAGCAAAACUGGUAAAAUAAGCCAAUGCAUCAAACAAAACAUGGAUCCAUCAAACUCGAUAGAAACUCCCAUAGUAAAAAAGGGUCACAUUAUGGAAUUGCCGAUGCUUAAUGAAGAAUAUCUAAAUAUUAUUACACGAGGCAAUCAAUUGAUACAUGAACACUUUUAUCAGUUCAAACUUAUUUUAGCUAAUUAUUCUGAUUACAACCACCGUGAUACUUUGCAUCUUAAAAUACCUAAAAAAAUUGAAGCUGUGCCUCAAUUAGAAAAACAUAUUCAAAUAUUGUACAGUCGAAAUAAACAUUGGCAUUUAUUUCCUUAUUUAGAGAUAAGUUCAGAAUCGAUCAUUUUUCCUAAAGUGCAAUUUCAAGUAAAUGGAGAUGACUGUGGGAUUUUCGCUAUUGCUGUUGCAGUAUCUCUUUUAUUUAGACGGAAUCCUGAUGAUAUUAUUUAUGAUCUUAGUUCCAUGCGAUCUCAUUUAUCAAACAUGUUUCAAACUCGAGUAAUUAGUCAUUUUCCAGAAAUCAAUAGCGACACCUUAUAUUUGUCUGAUUUGGAAGAAAUUAGGAAAAAAGAAAAAAUUGCUUUUUACUACCGAACAUUAAGAGAAAAAAAAUCAAUAAAAUUGGAGUACAAUCUAAAGUUACUUAAAACCGAAUGUAACCCAAAUUCUGAUAAUAAUAGCUUGACUCCAGAAUGUGCAAUCAAACCUGUUGAUGCAUCAUUUGAAAAUAAAUCGAGUAAUCCAAAUAAUGAUGAGUAUAAAUUUACUGAUGUACAAAAAUCUGUAAGUUCACGAAAAAGUUUCGUUGAAACGAAAGUUAAAUCUCGUAAUCAAACAAUACAAAACCAAAAAAUAAUGACCGCAAAAAAAAUUGUAUCAAAAUAUAAACUGAAUGAGUGCAAACAUGAUAGUAUUAAAUUAAAAUUAUCGACAGAACAUUGCAUUAAAAAAUUGACAGAAGCAAUAGAUACAAAUAGUUUAGCUGAAAAAAGAUUAGAAGCUGAAAGAAUUGUCAAAAAAGACGUCACCGAUUUAAGUAAAAUACACAAUCCAAUUUCAACCGAAGUUUGGCAAAAUCUAAAUAAUUUUAUCAAAGCACAAGAUAUUACACUAAGUAGUAAUUAUGUAUGUACACAUAGCUGCCUCAAGAAGCUUCGUUCUAACGAACUGCCUUCAACUUGCUUAUUGAAUAAUAUGUAUGUAGGAUCCAUCCCUGAUGAAAUAAAGACUUUAAAUAAUUAUGAAACGAUUGUCAUCCAAAGGGCUAAAGCGUUUCAAGUUGUUCAACGAUUAGGAACAGUCGCAAAAAAAAAGUUGCCUCAGACUAUGCGAAUGCAAAAAUUAAAAGGCCAAACAUUUCAUCUUCCUUUACCCAUCGAAGAAACGUUGAAAAAAAUAUGCUCAACCACAGAUCCUAUUAACACCAAUCAUGAGUUAUAUAUUUUAAUUCGUAGUAUACCGAACAAAUCGAAUGUUAUAUGGGAAAGUUUAGUUAAUUUAGAGAAAAUAUUUAAAGUUUUAAUUUGGUUAAACCAAAAUAAUCCGCUGUACGCAGAAAUAAUGAUUCCUAAAUGCCCUGAAAAUUUAAAAAAAUGGUUGAUAUCAAAAAAUUUGGAGUUUAAUAUUGAAUCAAUUGAGAUAAUUGAUGUCGAACAAAGUUACAUCGAAGACAAAGAUAAUCCAUCAAAUGAUAUAAACAAAUCUAUGAACAACGACAACGAAAAUGAUGACGAAGAAAUUAAUCACAAUGAAAAACAAGAUCUUAAUGCUUGUAAUGGGCCCAAAAUUAUUUUAGAAGCUAGGAGUGAAAAUAUUAUUUCAAUAAAUGAAAAGAGUCUUAAAGCCCAAAUUGAGCAUAAUGUUUGUUAUCCUAGAACUAAAAUAACUCACGUAAAUAUGGAUAUACCUAUUCAUACAGAUAGUGAUAUAAUCACAACCCCAAAUCAUGAAACUAUAAUUAAUGCACCUGGGAAUAAUUUUCAUUACAAUGAUCAUAACUACAGUAUACCUGCUAGUACAGCUACUGAUAUUGUUGAAACGCACGAGAACCUCAAUAAUAACGAUCAUAACUGUAGUAUGCACAUGAAUAUGACUCUUAAAGAUGAACAAAUAAAUACUGACAAUGAAAAAAUAGAAAAUGAUAAUAAUAAGCAAAUCGAUCCACGUGCAAUGAUAACUCAGAUAUUAAACCCCAAUAGCUCUCAAUACGAACAUUGUACAAUAUAUCCGCUACACGAUAAAAGAAUUAAUGAAACUUCAACAAAUAUAUAUCAAAUGUUGAAGAUUAACGACAAACCGUUAGAUAAUAGAGUUACAACUUUAGAUUUGCAAUGUUUUCCAGAUAUUUACCCUUACGGUAUAAAUGGUCAACAUGAAAAAAGAGAUGUAAAACUUACGGAUUAUGAGUAUAUUAAAGCACGAUUAAAAUCAGCUGAUCCUCGAUUCCGCUUAAAUCAACAAUAUAUUUUCUUUUUAUUACAUAAUUCGAACAUUCGACAAUUAGGUCAAGGGAUUUAUCAUACAUUAAAUGUUAUAAAUCCUCGCGAACAGUACACAGCAGAAAGAUACCUACAAAAUUUAAAAAGCGGGCAGCUAGAAGCAAAUUUGAGUACCAUCUUUGCUCGACUUCGAAAUUCUGCUCAAUUUUGGAGUAAACCGAGAAAUAACUUACAUUGCAUGACUCGUCAUUAUGGUCCCGCAACAUGGUUCGUUACAGUAAGUCCCGCUGAAUGGCUAUGGCAAGAUCUGAUAGAUUACGUACGAGAAAUAAAUUCUCCAAAUUUUGAUAACUUAUCUCCUAAUGAAGUGAUCAAUGCUGAUCCAGUUUCUGUCUCUAGAUUUAUAAAUAACAAAUUUACUGCUAUUCUUGAUUUUAUUUCGUCAAGUGGUCAACCUCUUGGUAAAGUUCUUCACUAUUAUUGGCGUCUUGAAUAUCAAGGGAGAGGUAUUCAACAUCUUCAUAUGCUGAUUUGGAUAGAAGGUGCCCCAAUCAUGGGUAUUAAUAAUAAUGAUGAAGUAGCUGAAUUCAUUAUGAAGUAUGUAACCUGCAAAUUACCAAACAAAAAUAUUUCACCUACACUCCAUAGGCGUGUUACUUCACAUCAACAGCAUUAUCAUAAUGUUUAUUGUUUAAGAAAGAAAAAACUAAAAUCGAACAAAGUUGUUAAAGCUUGUAAGUUUGGAUUUCCAAGACCAAUUACUGAUAAUUUUGUACUUCGAGAUGCUGCAACAUCAAUAGCUGGACGUAGAAAGUUGAAGAGUAAGAGCCGACUUUAUGAUCUUCCUCGUACUGAUAAAGAGGCUAAUAUAAAUGAUUAUAAUCCUGCUCUUUUAAGUGUAUGGGAGGGGAAUAUGGACAUACAAUUUCUUGGCGAAAAAUCAACAUUAUUAACACAGUAUGUUACAAAAUAUGUUACGAAAGAGGAAGCUACUAAAGCAUCUGAAACAAUUAGUGAAAUUAAUUAUACUAAACCUCUUGCUCAACUUUUAUGGAAAAUAGCUUUUCGUAGUUUGAAUCAUCGGGAAAUCGGAGCUCACGAAGCAGCGGAUACUCUAUUAGGUCAUUCUCUUUAUGGAACAGAUUCCGAGACGGUAAUAAAAUGGUUAGAUGUUAAAAUGAUUAGAAAUCGAAAAUUAAAGACCAAAGACGAAAUCGAAAAAAUAAAAGAGUUAAAUCCUGAAUCAACUGAUAUAUUUUGUCCUUCACUGAUCGACGAUUAUUACCCAAAUCGCCCUGAAGAGUUAGGACCUGUAUGUUUAUACGAGUUUGCUCGAUGGUAUGAUGUGGUAAAAUCUGAACCACAGAAUAAUAUGAAUGAAUAUUAUAAAAUUGGCCCAUCACUAUUUUUAAAAAGAAGGUCUCGCAGUUAUUUAUUAAAUCAUUACAGAUAUAAUGUUGCUAAUCAACCUGAAAAUUAUUUUUUCUCUCUUUUAUUAUUAUUUCAACCAUGGCGGGACACAGAUGAGUUAAAAAAUGGGUACCAAUCAUAUACCGAAUCAUUUAUGAAUCAGCAAAGUAUGCUUGAGCAAAUUAAAGAAUAUCAUGAAUAUAAUGAAGAUUUUCAAAAAGAAUUAGAUUAUAUUAAGAAUCAGAUAGAAAUAAAACACAGUCAAAAUGAUCAAAGUCGGCGUCUAGUGGAUGAAUCACAAGAGUCUGAUUCCGUUGAAAUAAAUAUUUUAGCUAAAGAGUUGAAAGAUGCUGCUGAUAAAGUAAAUAAUAAACUUACUCUUGCAGAAGUGAUCGAACAAAUGAACUCGGAUCAAUUAAAAGUUUUCGAAAAAAUAAAAGAUAUAGAUUUUACAAAUAAAAAAAUUAUGUUGUAUGUAAGUGGAGAAGGUGGUACAGGUAAAAGUUUUCUUAUUCACGUAAUUAAACGCUGGGUGAAGGAAAAACUAAACCAGGAAACAAUUGUAACAGCUCCCACAGGCAUCGCCGCUUUUAACAUUGAUGAUCUUACGGUACAUAGAGUAUUCCAGUUGCCUGUUGAACAUGGCUCUACUCCGAAGUAUACACAAUUAUCAGAUAUCGCUUUAAAAAUGCUAAGAGAUCAACUAAAAGAUGUUUCUUUAAUUAUUAUUGAUGAAAUAUCGAUGAUUUCUAAUGUAACAUUACUUUACAUACAUCUAAGAUUAGUUAGCAUAUUUAAUGUUGAUGAAUGGUUUGGAGGACGACACAUAAUUGUUUUUGGUGACUUACUUCAACUUCCUCCAGUACAUGAAGAUCCUACGUACAAAAUUUUAGCAUUUUCAGACGUGGAAAAAUUAGUUGGAUCUCUAAGUUAUAGUAAUUUAUGGACUGAUUUAUUUAAUUACGAAGAAUUAACUAUAAACAUGCGUCAGAAAGCUGAUAAAUCAUAUGCUGAGUUAUUGUCUAGAAUGCGUAUAGGAGCAGUUACUGCCGAUGAUAUAAAGUUAUUAGAGAAAAGAAAAAUUAAUAUCGAUAGUUCAUUAUCAUAUCACGAUAGACUGAAUGAAAUUUGUAAUUACAUCAACAAACUACCAUCGGAUACAGUUUGCUUAGUACCUACCUGUAAUCAAUGUGACUUAAUUAAUUCCGUAAUGUUAGAUAGGAUUCAAUCUGAAGAAAUUGUACUUACUGCCAAUGAUCAUAUAGAUUGUCCUAAAUUUCUAAAAAAGAAAGCAGCUAAUAUUUUGAGUUCGAUUGAAGAAGAUGCAAGCCGAAGCGCUGGACUGCCAAAAAUAAUCAAAAUAAAAGUGGGUGUAAAAGUAAUGUUAAGACGUAAUAUUGACGUUACAUUGGGUUUAGUCAAUGGUGCUAUUGGUACUGUGAAGUCAAUUUCCAAAUCUAUUGAGAGUAAUCAAAUUCAGUUUAUUAAUAUAGAUUUUGCAACUGGUACAGAAUAUGCUAUUGAAAGAAUCAAAGUAAAAUUUUUAAUUUCAGAUAAAGCUUUUGUCGUAAGAGAACAGUUCCCGUUAUGUUUGAGCUAUGCUGUUACGAUCCAUAAAAGUCAAGGUUUAAGUUUAAAAAAUGCUGUGAUUGAAGCUGGCAAUACUAUUUUUAAUGCUGGUCAAUCUUACGUAGCAUUCUCCCGAGUAACAAAAAUUGAAGGAAUACAUUUAAUAAAUUUCGAUCCGUAUUCAAUUAAAGCAAAUACAGAGGCAAUUGUAGAGUAUAAUCGGUUAAGAAAAACUUAUAGAGCUGAUCUCCCAGUCCUUUUAAUUACAAAAAGACGUUGGUCUAAAGUAUGGGAUUUAAUUUGGGGAGUUGAAAAAUAUGUCGAUCAAAGUAAACAACAAAAUAUAAUUAAAAGAAAGUCAUGUAUUGAUUUCUUCAAAUUCCAUGGUAUAGAAAAUAGCGAUGACAAUGAAAUAAAUCGCUAUAGUGCAAUAAUAAAAAACAAAUCAGCUUGGAUAGAAUUAGAUGAUUUAAAUGUUAAAUCAAUACGAUGGCCAACAAAUUCAAAAAAUGCCUGCAUACUAUUUCUUGAAAAGAAAUGA